AUGGCGGAGAAAAUACUAACAACUACCAACCACCACUGUCUCUACCUCUACUACAACAACUGCGACAGCAACCACAGCAUCCACUACUACAAUUACAACAGCAAUCACCACAUCCACUACCACAAUUACAGCAACAACCGCAUCUUCUGCUACAAUUACAACAGCAACCACCACAUCCACUGCUACAAUUACAACAGCAACAACCACAUCCACUGCUACAAUUACAACAGCAGCAACAACAUUCACUACUACAAUUACAACAACAACCACCACAUCCACUACCACAAUUACAGCAACAACCACAUCCACUACCACAAUUACAGCAACAACCACAUCCACUACUACAAUUACAACAGCAACAACCACAUCCACUACUACAAUUACAGCAACAACCACAUCCACUACUACAAUUACAGCAACAACCACAUCCACUACUACAAUUACAGCAACAACCACAUCCACUACCACAAUUACAGCAACAACCACAUCCACUACUACAAUUACAGCAACUACAUCCACUACUACAAUUACAACAGCAGCCACCACAUCCACUGCUACAAUUACAACAGCAACCACCACAUCCACUGCUACAAUUACAACUGCACAACCACCACAUCCACUACUACAAUUACAACAACCACCACAUCCACUACAACAAUUACAACAACCACCACAUCCACUACCACAAUUACAAGAGCAUCCACUUCAACAAUUACAAGAACCACCACAUCCACUGCUACAAUUACAACAGCAACAACAUCCACUACCACAAUUACAACAGCAACCACCACAUCCACUACUACAUCCACAUCCACUGCUGCAAUUUACACAAUUACACACACAGCCACCACAUCCACUACAACAAUUACAACAACCACAUCCACUACAACAAUAAGAGCAACCACCACAUCCACUACAACAAUUACAACCACAUCCACUACAACAAUAAGAAUCAAUGACACUCGCCAAAAGGUGAGCAUGGAGAUGAGAAAUCACAAAGUGAGGCUGAUCUUAGACUAA